GGUGCUGGUUGGUUUUUCAGUAGUGUUGUAGUUGUAAAACCCCAAGGCAGAGGGGGUUUUGGAGGCUUGGUGUGGUGGCUACAACAUCAACAUCGUUCUAGAGCUUAAGGCGGCGACACUGUCCCUUCAUGAAUUUGGAACACAACACUGUCACUCUAUGAAUUUGGAUCACUCUUCGCUCUUUCUUUUUUUUCUCUUCUUCUCGUUCCUAUUCCUCUCAUUUUGAUGUUCCACUUCAAUUUUCUUGUUAAGGGAUUCGAUUCUCUUCAAAACCCUCUCAUUCUGCAACCUACUCAUUCCGACAUUUUUACAAACAUGUGGCGGAACGCCGCCAAACAAGCUUGUCGAGGAGUUCGCCUUCGGUUCCACCCUCCCAGGCCUCUCACUCUUUCCCAAUGUUCGGUUUUUAAUCCCAAAGGCGAGGUUUCGUGCCACUUGGGGAAACAAAAUCAUUUUGGGUAUGAAAAAUCUCAAUUUCAAUUUGGGGUUAAAGGGUAUGUUGGGGUUGCUGAGGCGGUUUCUUCCACUGAUAUGGAGGAAGAUGGUGCUGCGGUUGAUGAAAUUCAACGACUGUUGCAGGAGAUGAAGAAAGAAGAGCUUAGGCAGGUGGCGGUUUCUUCCACUGAAGUGGAGGAAGGUGAUGAAAUUCAAGAGCUGUUGAAGGAAAUGAAGAGAGAAGAGGAAAGGCAAGCGGGGGUUUCUUCAAUUGGUGUUGAGGAAGAGGUUGCUUCAAUUGAUGAAAUUCAAGAGCUGCUGCAGGAGAUGAAGAAGGAGGAGAAGAGAGGGGUGGUUGGUUGUAGGUGGCAGGAUCAGGUGACUUUGACAAAGGGGAUGACACAGUCUAAGUAUCACGAGCUGAGGAGGAGGCAGGUUAAGAUUGAGACUGAGGUGUGGGAAGAGGCGUCGAAGGAGUAUAGGGAGCUUUUGAUGGACAUGUGUGAGCAGAAGCUGGCACCCAAUUUGCCGUACAUGAAGUCACUAUUUCUUGGCUGGUUUGAGCCUCUUAGGGAUGCUAUUGUAAAGGAACAGGAAAUGUACUGUGCGGGGAAGCAAAGAACUGCCUAUGCAUCAUACUUUGUUCAGUUGCCGGCUGACAAAAUGGCUGUUAUCACAAUGCAUAAGUUGAUGGGGAUGUUGAUGGCUGGAACUGAGCAUGCCACUAUUGGCACUGCCAGGGUUGUGCAUGCUGUCUGCAGCAUAGGUGAUGCCAUUGAAAAUGAGGUUAGAAUACAUAAGUUCUUGGAGAAAACUAAGAAGAAAAAGGGUGAUAAAGGCAAGAAAAAUGAAGUAGCUGAAUCUAUCACUGACAUCAAAGAGGAGCAAAAGCUGCGGAAAAAAGUUGUUGAUUUGAUGAAAAGGCAAAAGCUUGUUGCAUUGAGGGGGACAUUAAAGGGCCAGGAUGAUACUAAACCCUGGGGAGCAGUCAUAAAGACAAAGGUAGGAAGCCGUUUGGUUGAGCUUUUGAUGCAAACAGCAUACAUACAACCUCCAUCAGAUCAGUUACUGGAUAGUGCACCUGAUAUCCGACCUGCAUUCGUGCAUUCCCUUAGAACAGUGAAAAAAGAGUCGAAAACAGGCAGAAAAUAUGGUAUUAUUCAAUGUGACCCUCUAAUUCUUAAAGGACUUGACAGAACUGCCAAAAAUAUGGUCAUUCCUUAUAUGCCUAUGUUGGUUCCACCAGUCAACUGGACAGGUUAUGACAAAGGCGGCCACUUGUUCUUACCGUCCUAUGUCAUGCGUACUCAUGGAGUCAGGCAACAACGUGAGGCUGUUAAAAGGGCUCCUAGGAAGCAACUAGAACCUGUAUUCGAGGCUCUAGAUACUCUUGGGCAUACAAAAUGGAGGGUGAAUAAGAAAGUACUGAGUGUUGUAGACAGAAUAUGGGCCAGUGGAGGCCGUCUUGCUGAUUUGGUGGACCGUGAUGAUGUUCCGUUACCCGAGGAGCCAGAUACUGAUGAUGAAGCAAAGAUAAAGAAAUGGAAAUGGAAAGUUAGAUCUGUAAAGAAAGAGAACAGAGAGAGAUAUUCACAACGAUGUGACAUAGAACUUAAACUUGCUGUAGCACGAAAAAUGAAGGAGGAAGAGGGUUUUUACUACCCACACAACCUUGAUUUCCGAGGGCGUGCAUACCCCAUGCACCCACACUUAAAUCACCUCGGUUCAGAUUUAUGCCGGGGCAUUUUGGAAUUUGCAGAUGGACGUCCUCUUGGGAAGUCUGGCCUACACUGGCUGAAGAUACACCUGGCAAAUCUAUAUGCUGGUGGUGUUGAUAAACUAUCUCAUGAAGGUCGCAUGGCAUUUACUGAAAAUCAUUUCGAUGACAUAUUUGAUUCUGCAGACAAACCUCUUGAAGGUAGGCGGUGGUGGUUGAAUGCAGAAGAUCCUUUGCAAUGCUUAGCUGUGUGCAUAACACUAACUGAAGCUUUAAGAAGUUCUUCACCAGAAACAUUCAUCUCACAUAUUCCAGUUCAUCAGGAUGGUUCUUGUAAUGGUUUACAACAUUAUGCAGCCUUGGGGAGAGACAAGUUAGGGGCUGCUGCUGUCAAUCUAGUUGCAAGGGAGAAGCCAGCUGAUGUUUACUCAGGAAUAGCAGCUAGAGUAUUGGACAUCGUGAGAAGGGAUGCUCAGAAGGAUCCUGCAAUUUUUCCUGAUGCUCAUCAUGCAAAGACUUUAGUCAAUCAGGUGGAUAGAAAAUUGGUCAAGCAGACUGUGAUGACAUCAGUAUAUGGUGUCACUUAUAUUGGAGCACGGGAGCAGAUAAAAAGGAGGUUGAAAGAAAAGAAUGCCAUUUCAGAUGAUACAGAACUCUACGGUGCUUCUUGUUAUGCUGCUAAGGUCACCUUAACUGCCUUAGAGGAGAUGUUUCAAGGUGCACGAGGUAUCAUGACCUGGCUUGGUGACUGUGCAAAAAUAAUUGCAUCUGAAAAUCAACCAGUGCACUGGAUCACUCCUCUUGGACUUCCUGUGGUGCAACCUUACCGUAAACUAGGAAGGCAUAUUAUCAAAACUUCACUUCAGAUGUUGACAUUGCAACGAGAAACAGAUAAGGUCAUGGUCAAGAGGCAGAGAACAGCUUUUCCACCAAAUUUUGUUCAUUCACUCGAUGGUUCUCAUAUGAUGAUGACUGCAGUUGCCUGCAAAAAGGAAGGCUUGAAUUUUGCGGGGGUUCAUGAUUCAUAUUGGACACAUGCCUGUGAUGUGGAUAAAAUGAACAGAAUACUGAGAGAUAAGUUUGUCGAACUCUAUGAGACCCCAAUACUGGAGAAUUUAGUGGUCAGCUUUCAGAGAUCUUUCCCAUCAUUAUCCUUUCCACCCUUGCCUGAGAGGGGAGACUUUGACCUGAGGGAAGUUUUAGAGUCACCAUAUUUCUUCAACUGAUCCCUUUCUGCUGCCUUCUGUGAGGCUUGGAUUCUGUCUGUUGGGGUGUGCUGUCUCUCAUGUUAUGUCUGUGUGAGCAAUGCAUGGCAAGGACAACAUAUCUUCUAAACGUACUCAUUAUAGAGGCUAUUUCAAUGGCUGUAUAUAUCUUCAAAGGCAUCCACAGGAGAGUCUUGGAGGACCCUCGUGGUAUGAUAGUAUAUACGCCCGUUGAUGAAUGAAGUUUUUGAGGAUGUACACUUGUCUUAGACGAGAUAUAAAGACUUUGAAGCUGGUGCAGCAUUCAGGAGGCUUCCAAGGGAAAGCCCAUGAGUUGAAAUUUGCAUUGCCUGACAUUGCAGCAUGCCCAAUAGAUUUGAUUUAUUAAUUUGAAGGGUCUGGAGCAUCAUCAACUAUUUGAGUAAAUCUGUGACCUUGGUCAGCUCUCCCAAGUCACCAUGCAAAUUAUGCUAUGGAUAGCUGCAAACCAUCUUGAAAAUCAACAGAAAAUUUUACAGUCCAUUUAUUUGUACAAGGUUUUUCUUGUAAAUAUGACGAGAGUUAGUUAUGUGUACCUACGUAAAUUAUAUAUAGAUAUAUAUAAACUUAUAAAACUUUAACAAAAAAAUGCAUGCAUUUAGUUCUC